CAGAAGCAUACCAUACACACCCUGGGUUGGAACCUAAGGUUGUACAGAAAACUGAACGAUUUUCCUCCGAGAUCUUUCCAUCACAUCUUAAUUUCAUCAAUUUCCAGCCUCCGUCGCCGAACGCCGGUCCACGGGAGGGCUCUUUCUUCAUUCAUCAUCAUCUUCUUCUUUUACGCCAUUUCGUCACAGACUUCGAGGAUAUGUAGUCAUGUUGGUUUCUUUUGUCCCACUCCAAAUCAAAGCGUAACAUUUUUCGUCCUCUUCAUGCCACCCAAGGUUGUGAUGCUGUGAAAACUUGGAAGGGAGCGAUGGCAGCAGCAUCUUUUAGGUGGAUACUUCAAUUACACAAGGAUGUCCCUAAAGCGGCAAGAUUCUACUCCGAAGGUUUGGACUUCACUGUUAAUGUCUGCACUCUUCGUUGGGCGGAGCUUCAGUCCGGGCCUCUCAAACUCGCUCUCAUGCAAUCCAAUGACCAUAUUGUGCAGCAGAAGGGUUAUUCUUCGCUGCUGUCAUUCACAGUGACAGAUAUUAACAGCACAGUGACCAAAUUAAUGGCAAUGGGAGCUGAACUAGAUGGUUCCAUUAAGUAUGAAAUACACGGAAAGGUUGCGUCCGUGCGAUGUAUUGAUGGCCAUAUGUUGGGCCUUUAUGAACCGGCAUAAGAGCUCGGAAUUUAACUUUCUUCAAUACUGGCAACAUAUGAUGGCCUUCAUUUUGGCCACUGGCAACAGUAUGCUUAUGGUUUCUU